UCUACUCCCCUAGCAGUCCCUAUUUAUUUACUCUGAACUAAUUAAUAUCCACUUUACCAUCUGGGUUUUCCAAAGUUUCUCAUUUUCUAAUUACAAUCUGUUUUCUCUCCAUUGUUUUCGAUUUGGUGAGUUUUCUGAGGCAAGAAGAAGAAGAAUGUCCAGAAGCUGAAGCAUCUAUUCCCCCAAGCACAAGCAGUCCCUGUUAAUUCUGGACUAAUUAAUCUCUUCUUCUGCAUCUGGGUUUUCAAAAGCUUCUCAUAUUGCUGAGAUUUGGUGGGUUUUCUGAGGCAAAGAAGAAACAGAAAGAGACAGAGAAAAUGGGUAUGGUUGUAGUGGUGUCUCUACCCUUGAUUCUUUUCUCAAUUAUGCUUGGUUUUGGCUGCUACUUCCUAGGGAGGGCCAGGGGGCGGCAAGACGUCCGCACCUGCCCGCAGAUCUACGGGGAGCCCGUUCCACCACCCGGCGGUGUUGCUUCUUUUCCUUCACCUCCGACGACUUUCACCAAGAAGCCAGACAACUUGAACAAUGUCUGAGUUUCCAUGUGAAGAAACAAAAAUAUAGCAAUAACAGCUCUCUCAUUCCAGAUCCGUCUGGAUAAAGAUAAGAGCUCCUCUCAUAUCUAUUCUUUGAAGAUUGAAUAUAUUCGUCUGCCUCUCUCCUUUUCUGUCUGUCUUGAAUUGAUUACUGCUGUAAAGGGGUUUUCUUUUUCUUUUAUAUUAUAUUUGUUUUCCCUAGACCCUAUAUUAGUGUGAAAUUUAAUGAGAAAUAAAGAAUGUAUUAGAAGGGAAUUGAGAUAUAUUGGGUCUGUGUAGAUCAAGUAAUAAAUAUUGUUAAAUUUUUUCAUUAAAACAACCUUGGGAUGUAGUGUUGGAUCUGAAAACCAAUCUACAGUUUUGGAGCAAUAAAGCUGAGAAAUUAAUUUUGUUAA